AACUCGCUUUGAUGCAUACCAAUCAGGAUGAAACCUCCAAAUAUAAGCGUCAACCACGACCGCGCUAUCGCCAGCUGCCUGGGGACGUGCUGAAACCGUGCAUUAUUUCGCGGACGUCGCGUCUUUUCUCCCAGCAAAUUCUGACGUGCUUCCAAGGCCUUAGACACCGACAUGAAGAGACUCAGUCAUCUGUUCUCCAGUCGGAAGAAGCGAGACGAGGAGCCAUCUACAGAGCAACCCGGCGCACAACCGCCGGGUGCAGACUCCAACGAUGCCCCGCUCUCAGGCCAACCCAGCCAUCAGACUCAAUCCAGCAACGGGGUUUUCCAGUACACACCAUUGCAGGCCGCCUCGGACUUUAGAAUCCUUCGUAUCCAGAGGAAAUUGAGCGAGACCAGGACACUGAGUGAAGAGCUGCCCUUGCGCGGGUCUCUCCUUGUCGCCUCGCUAGACAACCACCCGGAGUAUUUCGCAUUGUCGUACACUUGGGGCGAUGCAGACCUUUGCGAGGAAAUCAACAUUGACGGAAAGACGCUCAAGAUCACAGCCAACUGCGCCUCUGCGCUGCGCCGCAUGUUGCGCGGGAAGAUCACAAGGACUAUAUGGGUGGACUCGAUCUGCAUCAACCAGGCGAAUACCCCGCAAGCGCUGAACGAGCGAAACAUCCAGGUUGCCAUGAUGGAUGAGAUUUAUAGGCAUGCGGUCCAAGUUAAUGUUCAUUUAGGGGAUGGUGACAAGGCAUCGGAUGUCGCGUGCGAAGCAUUAAAAGGUUUAUCUACUGCAUAUGUGGCGGCCAAAAUGGCUCCUCCGCCACUACAGGAGCGCUGUCAGAAAGAAUAUGAUCGACUUGCCGAUGAUGCGUUAAGGGUGACCCCGGAAUAUCCAUACGGGAAGCUUCAUGGUGUUUUUCGGCUUCCCUGGUUUAGACGGACUUGGGUGGUCCAAGAGGUUGCUCUGGCAAAAAACGUCAUGUUCUACUGCGGAAAGUUCUUGAUGCAUCUUUCAACCAUGGUAGUUGGAGCAGACUUCACACGGCUUCCGUACUCGAACCUUGAUUCCGAUACGUCUGGUCGCUACUGGCGGAUACACCUCGAAUAUCACGACACUAUGCAGGAAUUCAUCCGCAGAAAGGAGCAGGGCGAGCCAACCUCCAACUUUGGCAUCAAGCUCAGCGAUAUCCUGAUGUUCCCCGCGCUAAGUCUGGAAGCAACCAGGCCAGAAGACAAAAUUUUCGGCAUGUACGGAAUAUGCAAGCGGCUUGGGUUCGAGAUCCCGGCGCCGGAUUAUCGGAAGCCACUCGCCGUCGUUUACACUGAAGUAACCCGGAUCAUGCUUCAAGGAGACCAAAACCUAGACCUGCUAUCCACAGUACUGGAAUCGCCUGGCUGGGCCCAUGGCCUCCCAUCCUGGGUGCCGGACUUUUCAGGGUCCACGCGCAAAUGGUCGCCGUCAACCCUGCCGCACACGUAUAUAUCCAAACGCCAGAACCCCCAGGUGUCGGGUCAAACUCAAUCACAAUACCACUUCGAGCCGGACGGCCGGGGCUUGAGAGUAAAAGGCCGCAGAUUGAGUACGAUAUGCGCCGUUGGACAACCCUGGAUAGUGGACUCGUCGACAAAUGUUUUGGGAGACGCGCGGGCGCAGACGGGGCAGUACGCCGCCGGUCUUAUCGACUGUAUCAAGAGCUGGUUCGACGUCGUCCGGGGCCACCCUGACUGUUUGCACGAUGGCGUGGCUCUGGAAAUUAUGGUGAGGGUGUUAGCACAGGAGUCCGCGACUCCUUAUGCAACGGAGUCGUUGGAAAGCUUGGUUCAACACCUAUCUGUGCUGGUCAGCAUCUCCGGAUCAAGCGACAGGAGCCUUUCGACAAUGCUGGCUGACCCGCAGGACAACCCUGGAGGCUUCUUGCAGUUGGGAAAUUUCACCAUCAGCGCCGAGAUGCAACGGUCCAUCUUACACAUCUAUGACCUCGUCUGGAAAAACGUCUUUCGAACUGCCCACAACUUCCUAGGCACGGGCACACAUAGCGCAAAGGUUGGCGACGUGGUUGUAGUCUUGCAUGGUUGCUCUACCGCGGCUAUUCUUCGACCAUGGACGGGGGGAUUCAAAUACAUCAGUCCAGCUCAUGUCCACGGAAUAAUGAAUGGGGAGUUUUGGAAUCCCAGAUCGGCAGCAGAUGAUGAGUGGUUUGUCUUGAUCUAAUCUACAUACCAACUUUUAAGGCUGCCAUUUAGCACUUGUUGAUUUCUCAUUGGUCUAGCUAAUGGCAAGUGAGCCUGUAGAUUGUGCCUCGUAGAAAUCCAGAAUUGAACCUAG